CUGAAUGAGUCCUCGGAGAGCCGAACUACUAGCAGUGCAGAAAUCAGUACCACCGAGGAAGAAGGCUGCCAAGAGUAAAACGGACUCGAAGAGGAAGAAAACGUUUCAAUAAAAUGGAAUACUGGGGAUUAAAGUGCAUUUUGUUUUUUACCAUAUUUAUUAACUGUAUAUUUAUUUCACAACAAAAUAAAGAAGAGGUGCUCUUGGACAUGGUUGCAUCGGGAUCGGAGCUGGGCUGGUUGAAAUGGCCAGACGAGAACGGGUGGGAAAUGGCUCAGACUGCUUUUAAUGGGUCUUUGCACUACAACUACUUUGUAUGUAAUGUGGAGUCACCUGCAGGCCAGGACAACUGGCUUCGCACCACUUUCAUUCAGCGGCACCCGACGGCCUCCCGAGUGUUUGUGGAGCUGCGGUUUGUGGUGCGGGACUGUAACUCCUUUAACGGUGCCUCACUCACCUGCAAGGAGACCUUCAACCUCUUCGCCUCCGAUUCCGACGUGGACAUCGGCACCAACUUCCGCAAGAGCCAGUUCCGUAAGGUGGCCACCAUCGCCCCCGACGAGAUCUCAAAGAUGGGCGGGCUGAAGAUGAACACGGAGACCCGGGUGGUGGAAGGCCUCAGCCGCAAGGGCUUCUACUUGGCCUUCCAGGACAUCGGGGCCUGCCUGGCCCUCUUCUCAGUCAGGGUUUACUACAAGAUCUGCCCGGCCACCAUCAAGAGCCUGGCAGCCUUCCCUGAGACCGUGGCUGGUGGGGACAAACAAAACCUGCGCAAGGUGGCGGGCGAGUGUGUGGAGAACGCUGUGAGUGCCAACCAGCCACUCAUCUACUGCACGGCGGAAGGCGAGUGGGUGGUGCCGGUCGGGCAGUGCCAGUGCCGUGAGGGAUACGAGCCAGAGGGCGAUGCGUGCCAAGAGUGUCAGCCGGGCUUUUUCAAAGCGGACGCAUCCAGCGAGGCCUGCCAGCCGUGUCCAGCGAACACCCAGCCAUCCGAGGCAGGAGCUCUGGCCUGUCCCUGCGUGGAUGGGUAUCACCGUGCCUCCACAGACCCCUUGUCCGAAGGCUGUUCUGGCUUGCCCUCCGAACCUGUGGAUCUGGCCACAACACCAGUCCUGGGCGCUUCGGGCAAAGUGACGCUGUCCUGGAACCCCCCCGAGGACACGGGCGGCCGCUCGGACCUGACCUACCGCGUGACGUGCGAGCUCUGCGAUGAAUCGGCCUCGGCCUGUGUGCCGUGCGACGAGCACAUCCGCUUUGAGACCGACUUGGCGGACACCAACGUGGUGAUCGGCCUGCUGGAGUCUGGCGUGAACUAUACCCUCAGCGUGGAGGCGCGCAGCGGUGUGUCCCAGUUCAGCACCCAGCGGGCAGUCAGCUCCAUCACCACCAUUCUGCACGACACAGAUCCUCUGAAGGUGACGACCAUGCAGCUGGACGAGCGCGGCCCCAAUAGCCUGUCCCUGUCAUGGACCGUGUCCCGCAGAGGCAAAUUGGCCGCCCGCAACCGCUACCAGCUGAUGUACCGCAAGAAGGAUGGCGAGGGCGAGACCUUCUCGUCUGGCACCACGUACACUGUGCUGAUCUUGGAGAACACCUCGGUACAGAUCCCCGACCUGGCUCCGGGCACUGCGUAUCUCUUCAGGGUCCAGGCACUGAACGCUGACGGCACCCCCGGGACCGACGUCAUGGAGCACGAAUUCACCACCAUGGCAGAGGCUCCAAACCAGGGCAACACCUCAGUGAUUCUGGCUGCAGCGGUGGGGGGAGGCGCCAUGCUGCUUAUCGUCGUGGUGGUCCUGCUCGUACGCAAACGGAGAAGAGGGUCUCACACAAGACAAGGCCCAGAAGACACCUACUUCAGCCCAGAACAACUGAAACCCCUGAAGACGUAUGUCGACCCCCACACGUAUGAGGACCCCAACACAGCCGUGCACAAGUUCACAAAGGAAAUCCACCCCAGUCACGUCACCAAGCAGAAAGUCAUCGGUGCUGGGGAGUUUGGGGAAGUGUACCGCGGCAUCCUGAAAGCGCCCGGGCGCAAGGAGACGGCGGUGGCCGUUAAGACUCUGAAGCCGGGCUACACGGAGAAGCAGAGGCAGGACUUCCUGAGCGAGGCCAGCAUCAUGGGACAGUUCACCCACCAGAACAUCAUUCGCCUAGAAGGGGUUGUCACCAAGUUCAAACAUGCCAUGAUCGUGACUGAGUACAUGGAGAAUGGGGCCCUGGACAAAUACCUAAAGGAUCAUGAUGGGGAGAUGACCUCCUUUCAGGUGGUUGGAAUGCUUCGUGGGAUAGCAGCAGGAAUGAAGUACUUGUCCGACAUGAGCUAUGUGCACAGGGACCUGGCUGCCCGCAACAUCCUGGUCAACUGCAACAUGGAGUGUAAGGUGUCCGACUUCGGCUUGUCCCGUGUGUUGGAGGACGACCCAGAGGGGACCUAUACCACCAGUGGAGGCAAGAUCCCAAUCCGCUGGACGGCUCCUGAGGCCAUCGCCUACAGGAAGUUUACCUCGGCCAGCGACGUGUGGAGCUUUGGCAUAGUCAUGUGGGAGGUGAUGGCCUUCGGCGAGCGGCCAUACUGGGAUAUGAGCAACCACGAGGUGAUGAAAGCCAUAAACGAGGCCUUCCGCCUGCCCGCGCCCAUGGACUGCCCAUCAGCGGUGUACCAGUUGAUGCUGCAGUGCUGGCAGCAGGACCGCUCCAAGAGGCCCCGCUUCCCGGACAUCGUCAGCAUCCUGGACAAGCUGCUCAAGAGCCCCGAGUCCCUAAAGGCCAUCGCUGACUUCGAUCCCCGUGUGUCCAUCCGGCUCCCCAGCACCAGCGGUUCAGAUGGCUCUCCGUUCAGGUCUGUGUCGGAGUGGCUGGAGUCCAUCAAGAUGAGCCAGUACAGCGAAAACUUCUCCUGCGCUGGCAUCGUGUCCAUGGAGCAGGUGCUGCAGAUGAAGAGCGAGGACAUCCGAAACAUCGGCGUCCGGCUGCCCGGGCAUCUGAAGCGGAUUGCGUACAGCAUCCUGGGCCUGAAGGACCAGACCAGCACCCUGAGCGUGUUUGCGGUGUGAGGCAGACGCCCUGACACACACGCGUGCGUGCACACACACCCGCUCAUGACCAGCGAAGUCUUUGAAGCCCAGGCCCCCAGGCCCCCAGGCACUGACUGACUGACUGAACUCCACACUACCC